CACGACUGUCACGAGGUUAGUAGUCAGGUGCUUCGGACGGAGUGGAGUGCCUUCUGCUCUCAGUUACCGUGCGUACGGUUCAACGUGAGUUCACGUUCGUUCGACUCACCUCCAGGAUGACGGAUGGUACUGGAAAGCCGAGCAGCUUGACCCGCGCGUCGUUCUUCGCGCUGCUCGCCGUCUGUCAGCUUGCUCUCGGUCGCGCCUGCACGCCCGCUGUGCUCUGGUGUUCGCACGAGUCGCUUGACUAUGACGCGGCGUACCGAGCGGCGCCGUCCAGCCCGCUGCAGAAGGUGACGUCUGAGGAGUUCGAGAAGAGCCUGUCACAGUUCAACGUCACCGAGCCGGCGGUCAUCACCGAGGAACUUUGCAUCGAGGAUCUGCGGAACAGCAAGGUGCUGUCAAAUGCCACCAAUGGGUCGAAAAUAGUUUACUUUCCAUGUGUCGACACACCUGACACGGUUCUCCUCAAGGUCUACAAGCAGAUAAAAGUGAUAGAAGAUAUAAAUGAUGAUCACGAGUUCAACAUGGUCCUUAAGGACAUUGAUUCGAGUGGAUGCAUAUUACUUACAGGAAAACAAUGCCGUUACAGUCACACUGAACGAAUAAAGAGGGAGGCACUUGCAGACAACUCUACAGAGUUCAAGAUAAAAACGAAUAAAGUCCUCCUGUAUUCGGCUAAGCCACUAUCAUUCAAGGCACCCGACAAAGAUGAUGCAGUGCAACUUGAAUCAAAGGCUGCCAGUGCAACAAGUCGUACAGAGAAGGAAACCACAAUCCUGACCAUCAAGUUCACUAAUGUCGAGGAAAUUGGCAGUCUAACGCUAGAGUUCUACUUCGUGGUCAAAAGCAUCGGCUAUUAUACGUUGAAAAACGUGACUUACGACAUCGACAACAAAAUAAAUGUUCUAUCUACCAUGCGGGACAUCUCCUUCCCGUUCGGUUUCUCUUACCAUUGCUCGCCAGAAACCGCUUUUGUGAACAGUACCACGUCGUACUUAAAGCUCACGGAAAUGCAAGUACAGGUCGAUCACAAAAACGCGACGUUUAGCGACGCGUACGACUGCGUUGGUUUUACCAGUAUACCGAUCUGGAUGGGGAUAUUCGUGACGGUGAUAUUGGGUCUGAUCAUGAUAUGGGCACUCAUCAUGAUCAUGGACAUCCAUACGAUGGACAAAUUUGAUGAUCCUAAGGGGAAAACUAUCACAAUCUCCAGCGCGGAAUAGAAUAAUAACAAUAAUAAUAAUUUGUAAUGCAAUUGUAGGUAUUGAGUAUUCAUGUGCGAAACCUAUCAUCGCAGAUAUCGUGUUGAUUGUUCAUAAUGACGAUUAUCGUGUUAAUUCCUCCGAGUGUCACACGUUUUCACAAAAACUGAGAGUAUUAAGUAACGAUAAUACUAGUCUCAUUAUUGAUGAACUUUCGCUCGAUGUAUAAAUAUCAUUCCUUUGUACAAUAUUAUUUUACUUUCAAUAUUUAUAUAAUAUAUUGUUCGCUAUUGUACGUUUGCUAUUUGUAUGAUACAAUGGUUACGAAUUUCUUAUUUUAGCGUUUAGUUCUUAUGCUAAAUUUAAGAAAAGUUGUAAAAUUCUUCGAGUGAAUGAGUUUCCUAAUAUAUACUGGGAAUAAUACAUAUUAAAUAAAAACCCAAACGAGAAGUGUUCUUUUAAACAGGAAUAUAAUAUAUAACAAUAGAAAAAAAAAUAGUAAUAUUGUCUAGCCAUAUACAUUCAUGGUAAAAAUGGACAGUUGCAUAUAGCGGUUAUUACCUGUUACUAUUUGUACAGCACAACGUAAUGUUUAUCUUAGAAACGGUAUUAAAAAAAAUUGUAAACUGAGACUUGUUAUGCGGUAGACGAAUAAAUUUCUAUUCGAAAUACGAUUCCGCACCAAAUGAUUCUCACUGUAUAAGCUUCCUUAUUAAGAGUUCGUCAAAAAUAUGUAAUAUAAGCUAUAAUAUAAAUGUUUAAUAUAAUGUAUAAAAAAAAAACGUACAAUAUAAAUGUCCUGUAAAAUCGA